CUGGGGGUUGCACUUGAAAUCUUGUCGAGAUGGCAUCUUCGCGCCAGCACAAGCCGUUCGAGUCGUCGGGGUCGUCGUCGGUGAUGAAUGGAAAGUCUCCGUACUACAAGAAGAAGGAAUUCAACCGACAGGACAGCGGCGUGGCGCCUGCGUCCCAGAAGAGUCGGCGGGAUGCGGCGCAAACGAAGCUGCUUGCGUCCGUGGGCUUGGAUCUAUUUCGGACGGGGCUCAUCGUAGACAACACAAAGCCGUUGCACACCGAAGCGCGACAUCCUGCCGUUGCUCCAAAUUUGGUGUCGAUCCCGGAAGGCGAGCAAAUGGCGCUGCGCACCCAGCUCUCGCACGCUAUCGUGUUGCUGAAUGGCCCGGUGUCGGCCAACCUCCCAGGCGUGUGGCUCAGCCAACGCAUUGACACCGCACUGCCUCUGCACCGCGCCAUCACCGAGCAGGAGAAAGCCACGUGUUAUAUCAUUCCAUUUGGCGGCGACAACAGCGAACAGAGCACGCUCGAGGCCGAGGUCGCGCGCAACCAGCUCGUUCAACAUGGCAUAUCCCCGCACCACAUCGUCAUGGACUGCAAUUCGAGCAACACGAUCGCCAACGCCGUGUCCCUUGUCCGGGUGCUGCGGCACCUUCACUUGACCGUCGUGCGCGUCGUCGCGUCGUCCUUCCAUGUCGCGCGCCUCCAGCAUUACUUAGACCGCAUCCUUGGUGCGUGCCAUGACAUGCGAUUUCAAGUGUUUUACCACCCCACGCCCCAAGACCACUUGAGUCGCCAGCAACUUGCGGACAAAGCGGCGCAUGAACAAGCACUGAUCAUCCGCACGCAACAAGCCCUCGAGGACGCCGUGAGAGCCGUCGCGCGAUUCGAAUCCCAGCACCCGUCGCUGCCCCCGCCAGGGCCCACCACCAGACAGCAGUUUUACACUUAACCCUGUGAUGAACUCGAUGUUCUUGGACGUUAGUGAUUCUGUACUAGUGCUACAAUAGUUCUAGAUUGGUCUCUAAUGGCGGCGUUUAGAGUCUAAUCUAAAAUCAAUAGUGAAUACUCGC